GCCGAUCUAUUUCCGCUUGCUGUAUCUCUUUCUCUUUUCCAACAUCUCCGAUUGAAAGAACUGCACGCAUUUUGUUGCAGCUCUCAGUUUCAAUAAUUUUUAGGGAUAAUUUAAUAAAAUGGCCAAGCGUACUAGAAAGGUCGGAAUAGUCGGUAAAUAUGGCACCCGAUAUGGUGCUUCACUUCGUAAGAUGGUGAAAAAAAUGGAGAUCACCCAACACGCCAAGUACACCUGCACGUUCUGCGGAAAGGAUGCCAUGAAGCGAUCUUGCGUUGGAAUCUGGUCCUGUAAACGGUGCAAACGGGUCGUCGCUGGUGGUGCUUGGGUGUAUUCUACCACCGCAGCCGCCUCGGUACGAUCGGCUGUACGUCGUCUGCGUGAACUGUAAAUUGAUUGCUUUCCGUUAUUUAUAAUCAAUAUUACGAGCGUGUUAGCCAGACACUUGGUUUCACGGCCCUUUGAAAGCAUAUCGACAAGGGUAGAACAAUAUAUGGUCAGAUAGAUUUGGAUGCACCAGGAAGAGAAA